CACCACACACAGACUUGACCUCUUUUUUGUUUAACAAAAAUCUAAAAGAAACGAAGAAACAAAGAAAAAAAGAAAAACUAUAUCAGCGAUUCUCGUGAUCUUCGGCCUCGAAUCGAGAGGUAAAAGACCCAACUCCGCCUCUGUUUUUGUGAUCGAAAACCAUAAAAAAGUUGUUUCCGAUCACUGCCUUAAUCGGAUUCAGCUGUUGUUCCUCCUCCUCAAUUUCGUAUUGGAUGAUUUUAAAGAUGAUCCCGGUAGGCUUUGAAUGUGAAUAUUGAAAGGCUUUAGUUGUUGAUUUUGGUCAAGUCUCUAGUCAACCUGUGAAUUUUUUAUUCAAGUUUAAAAAUAUAUAGAGCAAUGAGUUUUGUUUUUCGAGGAACAAGAGCAGAUAUUGAAAAUGGGUUUCCAGGAUUUAUACCUGAGAGGCGAGCAUUGCGCGUUCAUGCAACACGUCCUAGUAAUUCCAAUUCACUCACUUUUCUCGUGACAGUUCUUCUGUUAUUCAUGAUACUGAACUCUCACCAGAUGUCCCCAAACUUUCUGCUCUGGCUGGUGCUUGGUGUUUUCUUGAUGGCAACAAUGUUGAGGAUGUAUGCAACAUGUCAACAGCUUCAAGCACAGGCCCAAGCUCAUGCAGCUGCAGCCAGUGGCAUUCUUGGCCACACAGAAUUGAGGUUGCAUAUGCCACCAUCAAUAGCUCUUGCAAGCCGAGGGCGUCUGCAGGGUCUCAGACUUCAACUUGCACUUCUUGAUCGGGAGUUUGAUGAUCUAGAUUAUGAAACUUUAAGAGCUCUGGAUUCUGAUAAUGUUUCUACUGCACCCUCUAUGACGGAGGAAGAGAUUAAUGCUCUUCCUGUCCACAAAUACAAGGUUUCUGGUCCUCAAUGUGGUGGUUCCUCAAUGCAACAAGCAUCAUCUUCCACUCCUGCUGAGAAGAAGCAAGAUAAUUCAAAUGCUGUUGGGAGCAUGAAAGCCUCUGAUGAUGACCUCACUUGCAGUGUAUGCUUGGAGCAAGUUAAUGUUGGUGACGUACUGCGAAGCUUACCUUGCUUGCAUCAGUUUCACGCAAAUUGCAUCGAUCCCUGGCUGCGCCAACAAGGGACAUGCCCUGUAUGUAAAUUUCGAGCUGGAUCUGGUUGGAGUGACAAUGGACAUAAUGAUAUCAUCGCGGACAUGGUCUGAAUACCUCGUCUAAUUUUAUUUAUGGACGUGUGAUUAUAACCUUGUACAACUGUAACUUACUCUCUUCAUGUAUCAAGAUUAGUAUCUCAUGACUAGCAUUCGUGUAAUUACCCCGACGUGUAUGUAGGGAACAGAAGAACGGCCUAGUGCCGUGUAACAACCAUACAAAUUAUACAAUUUGUUGACCAUUAAACUUACAUUUCUUGGGUCGCUGUGCUUAAUCCGACAGCAUCUACAAAAUUUUUCUUUUCUGCUA